CGCUGUAGAGCUAAGCGGAUUUAGCUUAGCUACAAUUUUUCGGUUAGGAUCUCGAGCUCGGUCAGAUUAUCGAAUAAGAAGAAUAUUAUAACUAAUAAAUGAUAAAUAAGUGAACGAAAUCUCUCGAGUUGAUGCUGUGAUACUUUUCUAGGCGAUGUCAUUGAUGUAAAGUGUUAAAUAUUUAAUUUUUUUAUCGUUAGCUAGCUAGUUAGCUUCUUUAGCUAAUACACCGGUUAGUUAUAUGAGCUGACUAGCCUAUUAUUAUUAUUAUUAUUAUUAUUAUUAUUAUUAUUAUUAUUAUUAUUGACCAUUUUCUCUCACAAACUAUUUACUCUUUCUGGCUAAUAUCCGCGUUUUUAUUAGUUAGUUUUUGCUUAAAGCUUCGAGUUUGUUGUAGUAAAGCCAUUCAAAAUAUAUACAAUAAACAUAUUAUAAUAAAUGUAUAAUAAUAAGCGUUAAUUUUCAUCAGUGUUGGUUAUUUAGUUCGUUUUAAUCAUCAUCAUGGCUGCAGAACUUCAAGCAAAAUACACCAAACUGGCUCAGGAGUACUCAAAGCUCAGAGCACAGAAUCAGGUCCUGAAGAAGGCUGUGGUAGAUGAACAAACCAAUUCCAACUCCUUGAAGGACGAGGUGAAGCAGCGAGAACAGAGUCUGCGUAAAGCCGAGCAGGAGAUGGACAGCCUGAGCUUCAGGAACCAGCAGCUGGCCAAAAGAGUGGAGCUCCUUCAGGAGGAGCUGCAGGUCACGGAGGCCAAGAGUAAAAAGGGCAAGAAUAAAGGAGAUUCGCCGUCUCAGCCCAGUUACCAGACGCAGAGCGUGUUCGACGAGGAUCUGCAGAAGAAGAUUCAGGAGAACGAAAGACUUCACAUCCAGUUUUACGAGGCGGACGAGCUGCACCGUCAGCAGGAGGCUCGGCUCCGAGAGAGACUGGAGCAGCUGGAGAAAGAUGGCGAGCAGCACCAGGCUGUGGUGGACGGUCUCGCCUCCAAAUACAUGGACACCAUCGAGAAACUACAGAGCGACAAGGCUCGAUUAGAGAUUAAGGUUCAGACACUGGAGAGAGAGGCCAAGGAGUGCCGGCUCAGGACCGAGGAAUGCCAGCAACAAGUGAGGAAAUAUCAGACAGAGCUGAGCACUCAGCUGAAACACAACAGCAGUGUGAUCCAGGAGAAAGUGCCCUUUAACGACACCAAAUGCAGUGACUACAACAGCUUAAACGUUCCCGCACACAACCGAAGACAUCAGCUGAAAGCUCGAGACGCAGCAGGACAGGCCGUGGGCUUCGUGCAGGAUCUCGUCUCUGCUCUCCUCAACUUUCACUCGUACACAGAGCAAAGGGUUCACAUUUACCCGCUGGACUCAUCUAUAGAACCUGUCUCACCUCUCAAUCAGAAGUUCUCUCAGUACCUGCAUGAGAACGCCGCCUACGUACGCCCCUUAGAGGAGGCCAUGUUGCAGCUGCAUCAGAGCAUCACAGAGGACACAGUUACAGUGCUGGAGACGGUGGGGAAACUGCAGGACUUCUCCAAAUCCUUCUCCACCUACACGAGCUUUCUGCAGAAGAUCCUGCCUUAUCAGUUAAAAAGUUUAGAUGAAGAGUGCGACAUCCCUCUCUGCACUGCGUCUUUGAGCGCUAAGAACCGUGAGCUGCAGAACGAUAUGAAAAGGGUGACCGCUGUGUUUGAGAAACUCCAGAACUACAUCAGUCUCUUGGCCUUACCUAGUUCACGUAUGGAUGCCAUGCCACAAAGCAGCUCCAGCGCUGUCUUCACCCAGCUAGCUGCUUGUUUAUACGGCCUGCACGAUGCCACUCAGGAGCUCUCUAAGCACUACAGUCAGAAGGUGACCCUUGAGCAGGAGCUUCCUAACAUCACUCAGAAGUUACGCACCACUAACGAGUGUUUACUAUCCUCUCUGGCGUCCCUCACCAACAACACAAACAAGAUUGCAACAUUCUUCAACAACAAUCUGGACUUUUUUACCUCAUCGGCCGGGUACGGGCCCAGAGGCGGAAGCGGGAGCCUCAACCCACAGCAGGCACACAGCAUGCUCAGUAACAAAAAGCACGCAUGCCAAUACAUCCUCGCACUCAGGAGGCCGCGUCCCGAGUCCGUCCCGUACACCGAGGCACUGUCUAACCGCCGCAUCCUCACCAGCUCCACCGAGAGUAGAGAGGGUCUCAUGCAGCAGGUGCAGCAGAGUCAGGAGAAAAUCGCUCGUCUGGAGCAGGAGAAGGAGCACUGGCUGCUGGAGGUUCAGCUGGGACGAGUACGACUGGAGAAGGAGAACCAGCGCAUAGCCGAGCUUGAGGCCAGACUGUCCCUGGCCCUCGGAGACGGCAUCGCCGCACCUGCCGUCUCCGUCUCCGCAGGACCAGCCGAGACAGAAAAAGAAGACAGAGAGACGUCUCAAAGCAGCAGUUUGGUCGGAAUUCUCACCGCGACCCCGACGAACGAGAGCGUCGGAGACGAAGAGUCUCGGGAACACUUGAUAAAAACCCACUACAUGGCGCGAGUGGCUGAACUCACCACACAGCUGCAGAUGUCCGACAGCAAGGCCGUGCACUUUCACGCGGAGUGCCGAGCGCUGGUGAAACGUCUGGCCAUUGCAGAGACCUCUCGUGAGGCUCUUACAGAGGGGCUGAAGCAAGCCAAUCAGAACAUCACGUCCCUGCAGGAUGAACUUAGCACGACCAAGAGGAGCUACGAGGACCAGCUGAGCAUGAUGAGCGAUCAUCUCUGCAGCAUGAACGAAACCCUGAGCAAACAGCGUGACGAGAUCGACACACUCAAAUUAGGAAACAAGGGAAACUCCAAGAAGAACAAGGGCCGGUAGUUCGGUUUGCAGUCGUUCAGCGUCGGUGUGAGCAAAAGAGGAGGUGCUGGAACCAGGAAGACACACACACACACACACACACACACACACACACACACACACACACAGAGAGCAGAGACACAGUGAGACAUGAUGUCCGGACCAAACUGACCAAACACUUUGAGCGAGUGGAGAACUGACAUUUCAGCACCUUUAUCUCUUGCUAUCUUGCCAUUUUUUCCCAUGCAGACAGAUUGUUAGCGAUUUGCACAAAUCCCCAAAGCGUGCACAUGGAUCACGCACUGAUCGUACUGCAAGUCUAAUUUACACUCCACACACAUCAUCUAGCUGUUCCUUUAUCAGUCGUUCCUACUUACAGGUCGAAGAGCCGGAUCUGUUUCCGUAGUUACGGAGGACUUUAACACAAGCACAGAAUACAUGCUUACAUCCAUAUGGUUAUAAUAUCACAAUGUAGGAAAUAACAUCCAAAAUUACUUACUGCACCUUUAAUGGAUUUAUAAACAUAUUUACACUUUAUUCUGUACAAGGCUAAAAGUUUUAUGAACUAUUCUAGCGUGUUGUGUAACCGAAGGACUUGCAUUAUAGAGCAUUUUUAACCGUGUACACUGGAGAACGUACCGAACUCUGCCGUAGUGUUGUACAGUUAUGACGCGGUGAAAUAUUACUUUUCUUCCACCGCUAAUCAUUACGCAGCAUUACGAUCUGUUAGUUAACACAAUAACGAGUUUUAUGGCUCAUAACGUUUCGUUUCGUGUCGUAGCUCCCUGCAAAAUAUCAGAACUAUUUAAAAACGACGUAUUACGCAACCCGAGUGAGAGAUGCUCCAUAUUACAUACAUGUUAAUCCAGUACAAGAGACUAAUCCGUACUUCAUUAGUACUUCAGCAUGUAGCCAGAGAUUAUAAUCAGCGACGUAGAGAGCCGUUAAGGUCAAAAGCUCUCACUGUGAUUAGCUGUGAAUGCUAAAUGUUAUAAAUAUGCA